UUACCGUUAAAUAAAUGAUACCAAGUUGUUUUCAACAAAUAUUGUUAUCACUACCUAUUACACUAUCUAAGCAGCUGACAGCCGAAAAAGAAGAAGAAUCAUAACAAUUUUUUUACAUACAUUUUAUAACGUCAACAUUUUGUGCAGUGAAUUAAUUAAAAGUCGACGUGAAAACGCCCAUGGAUUUGCAACAAUUAGAGGAAGAGGCACGUCAAGCUGCCCUUAAAGACAUUAAGAAUAUGCUCCAGCGACCUGGACAACUUGAAAAAGUUGAACAAUAUUGUCACCGAGUGCAACGAAAAAAAGCUUCUGUAGAGGCUUUGCUGAAAACGGGCAUGCAAAAUCAAUUGGAAGGAGUUAGAGUGGGUUUAAAGCAAUUGAAGACCUGCCUCGAGGAUGUAAGGGAGGUAAGUCAUACCAUGGCUGAAGUGGAGAAACUUAUGCAAGGUGUUCCGGAAAUUUAUGAUGCAUUGGAAGAUGUACGCGAAGAAAAUACAAAACAUUCCCAGUAUGCUACAGCCGUAGAGAAUCUAAAGCAUAUUUUUAAUGUGGAUUCUAGUGUUCAGCAAACAAUGGCCUUAAUUGAAGAAGAUAAACUACUGAAUGCGCACCAGCGUUUGGCUGAGUUGGAAAAUGCCCGUGAUGAUUUACUCUAUGAAUUACACAAACAACCCAAACAACAUGCCUCGGAUAAAAUUACACUUAAACGGCAUUUUGAGAAAAUCGAUACUGUAUCACAGGCUUUGGAAAAGAAGUUACGUUUGAUAUUAAGUCGCACUUUAAAUACUGUACGCAAAGAACCAAAAUUCAUUGUUACUGCUUUGAGAAUCAUUGAACGUGAAGAGAAAAACGAUCAAUUUGCUUUGCAGCAGCAAAAGGUGACGUCUUUUCUACCUCCCGGCCGUCCUCGGCAAUGGCGUGCUAUGGCUAUGAAUGUUUUAAAGGAGGCUGUAAUCACAAGAAUUGAAGGCUCCAAAUUGGAGGAAAGAGCUGACAAUAAAAUGUGGUUGGUGCGUGACUUGGAAAUACUGCGACAAAAUAUUCUUGUUGAUUUGAGAGUAGUCAAGUCAUUGUGUGUACCCUGCUUUCCACCGCACUACAACAUAUUUGAGGAGUAUGUCAAAAUGUAUCAUGAAGGAUUAUCCAAUUAUAUUGAAAAUAUUGCUAGUGGCGGUUUAGAAGGCAAUGAAUAUGUCUCACUAUUAUCUUGGGUUAUAAACACUUAUCCCGGUCAUGAACUGAUGCGACACCCCGACUUGAAUGUCAACAUAAAACAAGUGGCCGGAUCACUGCUAACAGCCGAACAUUUAACCUCACUAGAAGACGAAUAUUUGGGCAAUAUGCAAAGAAACUUCCAAGAAUGGAUGACCACAACUGCAGAAAAAGAUAGAAGUGAUUGGUUUUCAGAACAAACACCCGAUCAAGAUGAACAAUAUUAUCAUAGUCCUGCCUCGGUUAUUAUUUUCGAUAUGAUUAAUCAAUUACUGCAGGUUACCGAUACCAUCCACAAUGAUUUGACCUUUAAGGCCUUAGUGAUGAGUAUAAGACAAUUAGAUUUGUUUGGUCAAACGUAUUUGAAACAUGUAGUGGAUUUGAAGGAACAUCAUUUUCGUAAUCGUGAUCAAAUCAAGUUUUUCACACAUCACAUUAUUGCUAUAGUGAAUAAUAGCCAGCAAAUGUUAGAUUUGGCACAUCAAUUGAAGCAGAAAUAUUGGCCCAAUGCCCGAACAGAACACUAUGAGUGUUUUGAGAAACUUGUGGAUACAUUCCAGCGUAUACGUUCUCAAGCGACAGGAUAUUUACUGGAAGAGGCUUUCUUAGAUUUAGAUGGUCAUUUCAAUGAUUUGUUUACACAAAAGUGGCUGACAACCUCCAUAUCGGUGGAUACCAUUUGCAUAACAUUAGACGAUUACUUUCAGGAUUACAAUCAUUUGACGCCCUCCAAUUUCGAAAUGGUUAUUAAUGAGGCCCAAAAACAGUUGGCCAAACGUUAUAUACGUGCUUUACUCUCGAAACGUUUAUCACGUCCGUCUAGCGAUUGUGAAGCCAUCAAGACCAAAAUAAAUUCUGAGGCAAAACGUCUAGAGAGAUUCUUUGAGAAAAUUGCUCCCAAUCUUUCGUUAAGUGAUUCUCCUCUGAAAUUGAUAUCAAUGCUUUCAAGCUUACUGGUUUGUGAUGUCGAAGUGUUACUCUUAGACUUGCAUACUCUAUUGGGUAAUUAUCCCUCGUUGACCGAAGAUCAAAUUGUGAGACUCUUUUACAUACGCAACGAUGUAAGAGCUGCCGAAAUUCGCCAAAAGGUACAGGAUGCUAAUCAAUCGAAAAAACCCAUGGUUACUAUUGCUAAGCAGGAUUGUAUAUUUAAAGAAAUUGUGUUUAGUGAUAAAUUAUGUUUCUGCACACACUUCCAAACUAUGAGCACACCCAAAAUAGUUAUAGUUGGUUCGGGCGCAUCGGGCAUUGCAUGUGCCACAAAACUACUCGAUUACGGUUUUGAGAAUGUUGUCAUCGUUGAGGCGGAACCACGUAUUGGUGGUCGCAUACAUACGAUACCAUUUGCCGAUAAUGUUAUUGAUUUAGGUGCUCAGUGGUGUCAUGGCGAAAAGGAUAAUAUAGUUUAUGAAUUGGCACAUAGCCAUGAUCUUCUUGAGUCUACUGGAGAUGUAUACGAAUCAUAUCAAUGUGUACGUUCCGAUAAAUCAGUUGUACCUGAAAAUGUUAGCCAACGUUUAAAAGACAUUGUAAAUGAAAGUUUGGUGACAAGACAAAUGGAAUUGAGAAAUUGUAAUGGUUCGUUGGGCAGUUAUUUGAAUAAUAAAUUCUAUGAGGCUUUGAGAAGGCCGGAGAAUUCCGAUAUUGAUAUGGCGAUAGCAAAGGAAUUCUUUGAGAAUUAUAAAAAAUUCGAAAAUUCCGUAGAAGCUUCCGACACCUUAGAUGAUGUUUCGGGUCGUGGAUAUUUAGAAUAUUGGGAAUGUGAAGGCGAUAUCUUGCUCAAUUGGAAGGAUAAGGGCUAUUUGGAGUUUUUGCGUUUGCUUAUGAAAUCCCGGGAAAACAAAAUUGAAUAUGGUGUUUUGGAAAAGCGCAUUUUGUUAAAUAAGAAAGUAACGUCUAUAGAAUGGAACCGCAACGAUUGCUGCGCCCAGUUACGUUGUCAAGAUGGCGAUAUAUUUGUGGCAGAUCAUGUGAUAUUGACGGUAUCUUUAGGCGUACUCAAAGAACAGCAUUUGAGAAUGUUCGAGCCCAAAUUGCCGGUGGAAAAACAACGUGCCAUUGAUGGUUUAGCUUUUGGUACGGUUAACAAAAUCUUCAUAGAAUUUCCUACAAAAUUUUGGCCCGACAAUUGGACUGGUUUUACUAUGCUGUGGCGCGAACAGGAUAUUGAAGAGAUUCGAGGAACUUCUCGUGCUUGGCUUGAAGAUGUUUUCGGCUUCUAUUGUGAUCACAAUCAGACACGUCUUUUAAGUGGCUGGAUCAUUGGAGCUAAUGGUCGUCACAUGGAAACACUGCCACAAGAUGAGAUUUUAGCGGGUUGUAUGUAUUUAUUUAGAAAAUUCCUACAAUGGGAAAUACCCGAACCGAAAAAUUUUAAGGUAUCAGCUUGGUAUACAAAUGAAAACUUUCGGGGUUCCUAUUCUUUUCGUUCUAUGAAAACCGAAGAAGUGGGUACAAGCGCCCGUGAAUUGGCUCAGCCCUUGUGUGUGGUGACAACACCGCCCGUCUUAAAUGGAGAGCCCACAAUUGAACCCCUAUUUACCCAAAGUCGUUGUGAUAAACCCAUUGUGCAAUUUGCCGGAGAAGCUACCAGCCAUCAUUACUUCUCUACCGUACAUGGUGCCGUUGAAGCGGGUUGGCGUGAAGCUACACGUUUAGCUGACUUCUAUGGCAUGCUUAGAAGUUCCCGUAAACUACACAAGUCCAAUUUAUAACAAUUUUAGGACUUUGAAUGCCAUUAGAGGGGAUGUUUUAAACGGAGAAUAUUGAAAUGAUUACAUUUCAGUAGUCUUCUGUUUAAUAACAUCUGCAAUGACAUUUAAAGUCCCGAAAUGAAAAUUUAAAAACUUAAUAAAUCAUUUUCUAAAAUAGCGGUUACUUUUUUUAAAAGCUACGCUUACAGGCGCACUUAAAACAGUUUUCGAUCAUUUGUCCAUUACACAAUUAUGAUUUUAAUUUAGAUAUUUUUGUUUCUAAGUAAUUACAUAGUAUUAAGUUAAAAUCAUGUAAAGUAACCCCAAAUCAGUUUUCAUUUUAUUCUACUUUUAAUUUGAAAUUAUUUUGUUGUAUUAUGAUUUAUUAUUUUUUUAAUUUUUUAUUUCUGGUCCUUUUAGUUAAGAAUAAAAUUUUGUUAAAACUCAUUUUUUAUAUUUUAUUAAUUUUGAUUGUAAAAAAUAAAUUUAUUAUAAACAUGAUCCAUUCUUUAAACCAUGGCUUAUAGAACACAUAGCUUGAGUUUUGUAUUAAACUUUUAAAAUUUGCUUUAGUUUAUUGAUAUCGAUAUUACAGCAAAUAAAUAUUUGCUUUUAGUACCUCUAGAUAUAACAUUGGACUUAGUAUCAUUUACAGAUGUAUUUAUAUGUACCCAUGUCUUGUAUUUCACAAAUGUAGAAUUUUUGAAUUUUCUUGUCAGUUUUUUAGUCAGAAAUAGUCAGUAGUAACCAGAAAAAUAUAUGUAUAUUGAAUUUAUAGCACGGGAACGAUAUGAUGACCAAUUAUUUGUCAAUCCGAACAAAAUUUCACGGAACGAUUUAUCCAGACACAAAGACACUAUGUCGGAUAUUAUCCGUUUAUACUUACAACUACAAUAUUAAUGAAAUAUGGGAUAAAUUGAUUUAAGGGAAUUGACCAUAUAUAUAAUAGCUGUGACCAAUUAUGGAAAUUUUUUUCAUCAUGAUUUGUGUAUAAACAAAAUUUACUUAUUAUAUCAACUUUAUAUAUCAAUGAAAUAUGUAUGAGAUUUUCAGAAGUGAUUUUUAUAUGGCAGGUAUGCCAGCUAUGACUAAUUAUGGACCGAUCCCAACUAUGAACAUAUUUAUGAGAAAUUUUAUAUCGAUAUCUUCAUUCCAUAAUGAAAUAUGUGUGUUUAUGUGGUUAUGGAAAGUGGGCCUUAUAUGGGAGCUAUGCACAAUUACGGACCGUUUCAAAACAUAUUUUGCAUAGUGAUAUACUAUGUAUACACAUAUCUAUGCCGAAUAUUAUUCCAAUAUCUUUAUUCCCCAAUAAUGCAUGUGAAUAAAAGUGAUUUUCGGAUGUGGGCUUUAUAUGAUGGUGAUUUAUAUGUAUUUUAAACACAUUAAUUAGGAAUUUUGCACCGAAAUCUUCAUUAUGGACCGAUUCGAAAAAUAUUUCGUGCAGUAAUAUAUGAAUGAAUAUGGAAUACAUGUGUAUUUAUAUUGAGUAUUAUUCCAAUAUCAUUAUUACUUAGGCGAUUUUCGGAUCCGGGCCUUAAAUAAGGCAAUGACCAAUUAUGGAUUUAAACAAAUCUGAUUUGUAUAUAUGUAUAUUACAUAUUUAUAUAUGUGGGGAUAGCUUAAUUUUUGUGAAUAUUAUAAAUGAUAAAUCCAUUUCCGAGAAUAUGGACCUUUGUAUUGGCUAAAAGAUUUUUGCAUCUGUCAUUUUAGAAUGCGAACUGCAUCUGAUGCAACAUAGAAAUUUUGAUGCGUGAAAACUCGCAUCAUAAAACAAGUAAGAAAUUAUAGUCGGGUGAGGCCAACCAUAUAUACUCUACACCUGUUACAAAAAAGAAAAAUCUAAAUUAAUUUUU